AUGACCGCCGCCUCAGUGGAGCAUCAGUACUGGCCGUUUGCCCUGCAGCAUGUGGAAUCGAAAGGGACAGCGAUGGGCUGCCAGGGGGUUGGUAGGUUGAUGCUUACCACCACUCUGCUUACGGAAGUGCUCGAGCCAGAUGCGCAAAUGCCCAGUCAGGAAGGAUUUGGAGGCUUUGAGGUUGGCACAGGCGACGUGUUCAAGAAGGGCCAUACCCAUACCUUGGGUUUCUUCCGCCGCGGGGGAGUGUUGGGCAUCACUGCAGAGUGUAGGUGGACCACCCUGGCACUUCUUGUGAACGUUGACUCGGCGAUUCACCGAGACAAGAACAAUUUGCCAGGUUACAACAAUGUUCUCGUGCCCUUGUGUGUUCCUGAGGUGAUUGCGGGAACGACGUGGCCCCUGCAAGUGCUGAAGCCUUUUGAGCUAGACCCACGCAAGUUCCAUGCGUCGCAACCCUGGGAAAAGGGCUCUCGGGUGAUUUUGGUUGCAUAUAGCCUCACAGCCAUCCAACGUGCUGAGCCGAGCACCAUUGGGAAGCUGAGGCAAGCCGGGUUUGCCUUGCCACGUGACCUAUCAGUUGGGAACGGGGAUAGUCGGGAGUGCGUGGAGCGAGAGCCUACAGUGCAGAUUGAGGAGCUGGAUGUAAUCCCCUACUCCGACAAGGGGGAGAAGGCCGGUCACGAUGUGCAAGGCCCGUGCGCAGAGGGCCUAACUGAACCCUGCCAUCGUGUCGCCAAGCUUGACGCGAACAACCGAGCGGAUGUGGCUAUGCAGACCCCUGUGUGGAGACAGCGGUUUACUGUGCUGAAUGAUGAACAAGCCGAGCAGGCUCGAAGACGGGGAGUGCGGAGACCACGCUCCGAGUGGAGAGAGAUCAGAGUGGGACACAAUUACGGCGACCUCAACCAUGUGAGGGACAGUCCCCUCUCUGCAUUUGCCCUUUCAAUGUACCUAGCUAGGAAUAGGUCCUGGCAGGAUUCCCCGGAGCUUGAGGUUAUCUGGGAGGGCUACGAGAAUCCUGUGCCAUGGUUGUUUGGGUUUCAGCCAUAUCAUCUGACCGAAAACAAUACUCAGUUUGAGCUUGAUCGGUUGGGAGAGGUGCAUAGCAUGGUGAGGAUUGGAUAUGAGGAUGCACCCAACCUUCAUGGGUAUCUGUUCCGAGCCUCGUUUGGGAACGAAGAAUCCAAGUGGUAUUUUAUCGAGUCGAUGAUGACAUUGGAAGACCGGUUUCUGUCCGCAGAGGCUGUGGGAAGAGUUCCAGUGCCCAAUCCGGAAACUCACCCAUGCAGGAGUUGGCCUCAGGUCCAGGCGCAGAGGUGUAGGGAGGUUCUACAAGAUGCUUUGGCGACAACGCAUGAAGAAGCGCUCCGUACAGUCUGGCUGGGGAUGGGACUAAUUGUCCUAGAUCAUGCAGGCCGUGGGACCGUUAACGAGCAGCAUGAGAUGCUCAACGAAUUUCCUCAGGCACUUCCGAUGUCAGAUGAGCUGGCCGAGGCCGUCCAUUGGGCCUCCACUCAGGUCCCGUACGCCGAAGGCCGAGGCUUUGUGGAAGGGGAGGUGCACCAAGGUAUCAGGCGAAGGUUUGGCUAUCGCCCAGAGACCAUUGGAGGUGCGCUAGAUCCCAGUCAUUUCCCCAGGUUGUAUGAACAAGGAGUCACUCCGGAACGGUUCUUAGCCCUACGAGAGCAAGUGUCCGGUCUCUCCUUCAUUCAGAGAGUCAUUGUGACUCGUGCCGUAACGGCCGGAGGCACCGUCGAUCCACCGAGGAUGUCCCGGCGGGGAGACAGUGAGUUUGCUCGGGAAGUCGAACAGGCUGAGGCUGAGCAUCAGUUACAGAGGGAGCGUGUGUCUAUGCUCCGCGCCACCCCGGGCCGAUCCCUCUUCCCUGAGGAACCUAUAGCGAUAGGGGUUAGUCCCGAUACCCCUAAGGAGAUUGAAGGCAACUCCGACGACGGAGAAGAAUGGUCGGACGAUGGCGUUGUGGUUGCAGAUUGGGAGGACCUCGAAGGAGGACCGGUCAAGGAGGAAGCUGACUUCUUUGAGAUGCCAGCUGAAGGUAGCCGUCUACACCAGGCACAAGCGUCGCCACCAGGCGACCAAGUUGAGAUGUGUGAGUUGGUUGCCGCUGCCGUUCCUCUUGCCUUUGAUGAGGCAGCAAGGGAAGAACUUGACCGGAGCCAGCUUCGACUUCAAGCUUUGAUAAAAAGGGAGAGCAAUCUACAUGUGCAAGCGGUUGUGUGUGACUCUGCCAAUGGUGGAGAGCGAGUGGAGUCCCUUCGCAGCGCCGCUCAGCAAGUGGAGCAGGCCACUCAGGACCUCCAGCAGUCUUACGAUGAGGUAUUGCAGACCCAUGUGGUCCCGAACGCAGUUGUGGAGCGUGAUCCCAGCGAGUGGAUCGGUCCGAUGAGGGAGGAGUAUGAAGGCUUGCAGAAGGCAGUGAAGCCUCUGGAUGAAGCCACGCUGGAGCAGUGGCGCCACGACGGAACCCCCUGCGAGGUGAUUCCUGCGAAGGUCAUUUGCAGCAUUAAGGCGCCAAAAGGAAGGCGAAAGGUGCGAUGCGUAUGUUGCGGGAACUUUGCACGAAGCGACCGGUGGUCGCGGGCCGACACCUACUCAGGAGGGAUUGACGCCGUCACCCUGCGUACACUGUUGCGGUUCGCAGGUCUUCGGAAACUGGAUCUAGGAAUCAUUGACGUCAAGCAAGCAUUCCUUACAGCGCCGCUGCUGUCGAACGGGGUUCAGAUAGUAGUCAUGACUCCGGCAAUGUUCCGUCGCCACCGCAUCUGCGAGGAGAAGUACUGGUCUGUGCAUCAGGCCUUGUAUGGGCUGACCAUUAGUCCCCGCAGCUGGUCAGUGCAUAGGGACGGAACCUUGACUGAGUUGCGUUUUAAUGUCGACGGAGCCCCUGUGAGAGUUCGGCCCAUGACCAGCGAUCCCAACAUCUGGACCGUAUAUCGUGAGGAGGACCACAGUGUUGCGGUGUCUGGAAGUGCACUGAGCCGGUGUUACUUUCCGAGGUACAUUCAGGAACUUUUGCAGAGGUAUGAGGUUGGAGAGCCCCUGCAGGUCCCGGGUGAGGGGCAGCCACAGACCCCAGACGAGGAGGAUAAGGAGGGCUUCGAGGGCCGAGGCCCCGAGGGGGUCCUCAAGGUCGAAAGGUCUGAGGACCUUGUGGAGGGAUACAGCGAUGCCUCGUUUGCUCCCGAAAGCUCGCGCUCACAUGGGGCUUUCCUGACUGUGUGGGCCGGAGCCACGAUCAACUGGUGCAGCAAGAAGCAGGCCUACAUGACGAUGUCAACAUGCGAGUCGGAACUUGGAGCCCUGAGUGAUUCGGGCCAGGCGGUUAUGUCCAUUUGCCCUCUGAUCAAUGA